GCUAGUUUCACGCUGCUAAGAAUAGUGUUAGCUGGUGCAGUGCAGAUCCUCGUAGUAGGCCAACUAUCUAUAGCUAAGGCAACGUUAGCUAUUUAUCUAUCAAUAAGUAACUUUGCACAACAUAAAUCACUGACAAUAUUGACCUGUGGUAGUUCAGUUUAUUGAGUAGGCUGUUGUUGUAAGACAAAAAGGUUGUAAAAAAGGCAAUGUAACGUUACCUUCGCACAAAUAUUUGAAUGCUACAGAAAGAAACCUUGAGAUGAAGAUAACCCCUGGCUUGACAGGUGCUUGUGUGGAAGCUGUGUUCGCAUUUCCAUAGAGAGAGCAAAUGUAGAAUGCUGCCGGUAAUAAAAAGUUUGCACACCGCUUGCACAGCCUGAACCUCGGAACUUGGCGAACACUUCUGCAAUCUGCUUGCUCUAUGGGAGGGGCAGGUGUGUGCAAAGAGAGCCCCCAUUAGAGCGUAUGCUGCUGCUGAGGGCCUGUGGGAGCUGCUAGCAUGCAGUGCUGGCCUCCACUCAGUAGGGGGCGCCACAGCUGCUGAGAAACGAGCCGGACGGAAGAGCCUGUGGAGGGGGCCCCAGGGGCGGGGGAGGGGCCAGGCAUGGACGACUUCACCACACGCACCUACGGCACCAGCGGCCUGGACAACAGGCCUCUGUUCGGAGAGACCUCCGCCAGGGAUAGAAUCAUCAAUUUAGUCGUUGGCGUGCUUACGACCCUACUUGUGUUGAUCACGGUCAUCAGCUCCUUCGUGGUUCCCCUGCCCCCCAAGCCCAUCAACAUCUUCUGUGCAGUGUGUGUUCUGCUGCUGUGUGGCUCCGUCCUGGUGCUGAUCUUCUGGUACCGGCAGGGGGACCUGGAGCCAAAGUUCCGUAAGCUGAUCUACUACAUGCUGAUCUCCAUCGCCCUGCUGUGCGUCUGUGCCAACCUCUACUUCCACGACGUGGGCCGAGGCCAACCCGCGUCUGCCUUAUGAACCUCGCCCCCACCUCCGUGGAGCCCUGCUGCACGGGGAUUGGUCCGCUGUGCCCGACAGAAUCCACCCCUUACUCCAAACAAGGACUCUAGUGGGAUCUAGAACUUGGGUCCAAAACAAAAAGGUUCUAUGUGGUGUUAAAGAGGCCAGUUAGCCUUUUGGCGUUCUUUCUGAAAGACUUUUUUUAUACCCAUUUAAGAACUCUGCACAUUAGCUAAUUAUGCAAAUGAAGAAUAGGCUGUAGCACUGUGGGAGGCGUGCAGCUGCUUGUAGACCAAAUGCCAAGUCAACUGACCGCCACAAUAGUCCAUUUAAAAGCCAUGUCCAUUAUGUCAGCGUACAUGUUUUAUAUUCACAUUUGGAAAAAAUGAAGGUUUAUGCAAAUGUACAUUCCAAACUGAGAUUAGUUUGACUGCCUGUUUUUCGUAUGUCUGUUUGUUUUUAAUGAACUUAGACAUUCCCGUAAAGCACUUGUUGGGUGGUGUUAAACCGCCGCACACAAAACACCACCGAUUGUUCUACCACAACCACAUCAGAAGUCUUACUAAGGGGAGGCUUGGCGAUGAUUGUCUUUUCAGACAUUGAAAAUGUAAUUUUCUUUUCUGUAAUAAAUGGAAAAGUGACACCUUC